GGCAGUUUUGGAAGUAAAAAUGGCGGAGCGGAAUAAUCUGAGAACGAACAGAUCUGCAAACCUGACCGCAAGUAAACAGCUGAAGGCUGAGAAUGAGCCGAAAACAGACCAUAGAUCUUCAAAACAAUCUUCCCAAAAAAUGACCAUGCAGGCUGCUUCAAAGCAGUUGACCAACAAGCCUAGCACACCAAAUCCAAGGCAGAAAAGCUCUUUGGGACAAGACAAGACUUUAAAGGAUGAAUUAAGUGGGUCUGGCAGAAAGAUUAGAAGUUCAGUAAGUGUGCCAGAUUUAAGUGAAUCAAAGAACUUGCCCACUGCACAAAGAUCAUCCUCGACAGCAAUGAGGCCGACUACGAUACCAACUCCAACAAGGCUAAGCUUGAGUCAGUGCAGUUCUACACAAAAAAAGCAUGGCACUUCUCAAAACAAAACAAUCAAAAAAUCAACUAAAGAAGAAAAUGAAGGGUCAGACUUAGCAUCCUCAAUGGAAGUGUAUAAUAAAAAAUUAAAAGGAGCCCGAGUUGUUUCAUCUCGAUUUCGAGAAGCUGCAGCCACAAGGAAGAAAGUGGUCAAUAAGGGUCAUGAGAAAAAUUCUGGACCUGAAUUGAAACGACUAAAUGCAGCAAAAAAGAACAUAGCCCUCCACUCUACAGGUAUUGAAGAAAGCAUGCUUAUGCCUUCUCUAGACUGGGAUUUAUCAGUAAUGAAACCUGAAAUUUCUCCAGUUGAAGUCCCAGAAUGUACAGGCAAUAUGGAAUCUGCUUUGAACAUCACUUCUCAGAUGGCUCCUCACUUGUCUGAAGAAGAAAACAUUGAACAAAUGGAUUUUGAUGAAUUACUGUUCUCCUAUAUGACCAUUAAGAGGGAAAACUCUUUGGAAAAAUACCAAGAUGAUGCAGAACGGAACUUGCUGCUGCUUGAAGAGCAAAACCAGCGUUUGCGCAGAGAGAUAUUUGAAUACAAACAAGAGUAUAUUAUGCGGGAAAAGAAAAAGCAGUUGAGUUUGAUAAUAGAGCAGCAGAUGGAACUUUUAAAACAAGUGGUGCCAUGUCUCAAACAAUUCAAAGUUCAGUACAAAUCUUUGGGUCAAGCUCUUGAUGCAACAAGGCACAGUCUUCCGGUGGAGAACAUAUAUAUGUCAGAAGACCCAAGAGAGGACUUGGCAAAGUUGAAAAUUGACCUGGAAACAACACAACAGCUUCUAAAGGGACUUAGACUUGGAGUGGACAAAGAAAAUUCCAAUGCUUUGGCUGUAUUUAAGGAGCUCGGGGUGACUGCUGAAAAUACAGUUAAAGAGAUGAAAAGUUUUUUCCGGAAUAUUGAAGAAAUGGCCUCUUUCAUUAGUCGAGAGACUGCUCUGAUUCACCAAGAACUAGAUGAAGAAGUUUUGGGGAUGGAUGUCUCGAUGAAAGGAAUUUUCAAAUAGCCCAUUCUUUUUCUAUUAAUUUAAUUGCACACAUGCUACAUGUUAGAUUUUAUUGUGCACACCAUUUGCUUUGUAAAUAACAUGAAUAAAAUGUAGCUUUGCAUAUCAUAGUUUGUGUUUGUUAUUGAUGAAGAGUAGAUGCUUCUCCAUGGCGAGCAGGGCAAAUCUCAGGUACAGGUAGUUGAUGGGCAGCCUUUUUCUUUUGAAAAGGUGUUGCAGGCAGUUCCUUACUUUUGAUUUUAGG